ACAGAGGGCUAAAAGAUCGGCUCUCCUCGAGUUUUCUUUCCUCGGUGUUUGGGAGCUUAACUCCCGAGAGAGAGAGGGAGAGAGAGAGAGAGAGAGCUAGAGAGAAGGUGUCUGGCAGUUGUGUUGCCUAUGUAGAAGUCACUGAGUGUCUGUGUGUGUGAAUGUGUGUGUGUGCGAGAGAGCAAGAGCAAGAGAGUGUGUGUGUGACAUGACCGAGCAGCAGCUGGACUGAAGAUGGAUUUCCAGCACAGAGCAGCUCUGGACAUUUCCACCAGGAACCCUCAGGACGACUUUGAGAUCCUGCUGCGGGUCGGAGGAGGAACGUAUGGAGAAGUUUACAAGGCACGUAAUAAGCAGAAUGGAGAGCUGGCAGCCAUCAAAGUCAUCAAGAUGGAACCAGAGGACGACUUCUCUAUCAUCCAGCAGGAGAUCGUCAUCGUGAAGAGCUGCAAACAUCGAAAUAUAGUCGCAUAUUAUGGCAGCUACAUCCGAGCCAAUAAACUGUGGAUCUGUAUGGAGUUUUGUGGGGGAGGCUCCCUCCAGGACAUCUACCACGUGACCGGUCCUCUGUCUGAGCCGCAGAUAGCCUACGUCUGCAGGGAGAUGCUGCAGGGCCUGGACUACCUCCACGGACAGAAGAAAAUCCACAGAGACAUCAAGGGUGCCAACAUCCUCCUCAACAACCAGGGCGAGGUCAAGUUAGCCGACUUUGGGAUCUCAGCCCAGAUCACAGCCACUCUGGCCAGGAGGAUGUCCUUCAUCGGGACGCCAUAUUGGAUGGCACCAGAGGUGGCGGCAGUGGAGAUUAAAGGCGGGUAUAACGAGCUGUGUGACAUCUGGUCUGUGGGCAUCACAGCCAUAGAGCUGGCAGAGCUGCAGCCGCCACUUUUUGAUGUCCACCCUCUGCGCGUCCUGUUUCUCAUGUCCAAGAGCGGCUACCAGCCUCCAAAACUGAAGGAUAAGUCUAAAUGGUCGUCCAUGUUCUAUAACUUUGUGAAGUGCAUGUUGGUGAGGAACCCCAAGAAGAGACCCAGCGCCUCAAAGAUGCUCUCGCACAUGUUUGUGACGCAGCAGUGUCUGACCCAGGAGCUGACCCUGGACCUGCUGGAGAAGCUGCGACACCCUGAGAAACUGAAGGGCUGCCUGGUGUCCGAGGAGGAGGACAUGGAGCAGGCCGUCCCCGGAUCUUUACGGAGAAUCCAGUCGAUCAACAGACACAACCAGGCGGAGAGGACCAACUCUGACAUCAGCUUGGAGCAGAUCUACACUCGCAGGCCCGUCAAGAAAGAAUCUCCAGACGCAACGUUACGGCCGUCAUCAGGAUCAACCAGCAGCAACAAGAGUCCAAUGAGAGACCAAGACACAGACUCAGAUGAUGACUACGACGAUGUGGACAUCCCCACCAUCCAGGCCAGCAGCAGUCACACGAUACCAGCUGAUGAGAUCCCACCUCCUCUUCCUCCAAAGCCGAAGGCCCGUACGAGUUCAGAGGAGAGCAUGACGGGGGAGGACGACCGGAUGCGGAAGCCCUGCUCUCUGUACGCCCCCUCGCCUCUCAUCAGGACGUCCAGCGGCACACACACACGGCCCGUGUCACGGCCACGGUCCACCAGACACACACGCUCAGACCCUAUACCUGUCCCGGUCCAGCAGAUUGACACCCCAGCAGACCUCCUGCCUCCUGAACUUCCUCCCAAAGACCCGCGCAGGAGGCAGCAUCUAGAACACAAAAAGGAGCCUGCAGAGUGUAUGAGUCCCAUCCUGAAGAAGCCUCCUGCCUACUUCAAAAAGGUUUUCCACGGCUGUCCUCUCAAAGUCAACUGUUCCACAACCUGGGAAAACCCAGCCACCAAAGAGCAGCAUCUGAUCCUGGGAGCAGAGGAGGGAAUCUACACCCUCAACCUCAAUGGCUCCGAGGCCACCAUGGAGCUGCUCUAUCCAGGGAAGUGUACCUGGGUCUACACCAUUAGCAAUGUCCUCAUGUCUGUAUCAGGUAAAUCUUCCCAGCUUCACUCCCAUUUGCUGAAGGAGUUAUACGAACAGGCACGAAAAGACCACAGGAUGGUCGCCUUGCCAACGCACCGACUGUUACCUAGGAAAUAUGCAGUGACGUGUAAAAUACCAGACACCAAAGGCUGCAAGACCUGCUCAGCUGCGGGCAAACUGCAGCACGGCUGUGUGUUCCUGUGCUGUGCUCUGGAGUCGACGGUGGUGCUGCUGCAGUGGUACGAGCCCAUGCACAAGUUCAUGCUCAUCAAGCACUUCGACUUCCCGCUGCCCAGCGUGCUGCCCGUGUUUCAGAUGCUGGUGGUGCCGCAGCAGGACUACCCUCUGGUCUGUAUUGGGGUGUCCCGGGGCUCCAGCCCCAACCAGCCAAUCAUCAUGGAGAACAUCAACCUCAACUCUAACACUUCCUGGUUCACCAACACCGGCCUGGAGAAACGUAGUGCUGACACAGUGCAAGUGAACCAGCUGGACAGCAGCUCACUGCUCGUCCUCAUAGAGAAGUCAGUACAUGUAGUCGGCCUAGAGGGGGAGCUGAAGAGCAGCAGGACUGUGCCACAUGAAACCAGCUUCAAUUUUGAUGUGGAGGCUAUAGUGUAUUUUGAGGACACGCUGCUGGCAGUGUGGCGUCACGGCUGGCAGAGGAGAGGUGAAGGUUUCACUGAGGUGCUGGAGGAAGCCUCCGACCCCAGGAAGCUCUACAGACUGGUGGGCUCGGACAGGAUGGUUGUCUUGGAGACGCGGCAAGUCGACGACCAAUCGGGGAUGUGCAACCUGUAUGUGUUGGAAAUUGCUGAGAACUACGUCCUGUUGCCCUGACUGCCCCAGGCAGAGGGCAUCAUGGGAAACCCUCCUGUCCUCCUCUGACAGCCUCUGUUCAGGACUCGAGGCACUCGGGGAGAGGGAACGGACACGUUACACAUCAACAUUUGGGUCCAUUGUGAUCUGUCACAGUUAGCUGUGACAUAUUUGGAUGUGUCUUUGCCAAAGUGUUUUAUUUUCUAAUGUGUGGAGGCAAUAUAUUGUGGGGAAAUGGUGAUAGGAUGCUGCAUAUUCAUCAUCAUCAUCAUCAUCGUCAUUAUCAUAUUCAAGGGACUGUGUUGUGGCGCUCAUCCCUCAAUCUGGUGGGAGUCUGACGUUAUUCCAUCAUCAUUUCCAUUUGGUUUGUGAAACUGAGACAAUCUCCAUAAUGUGGGUUCACUGUGACAGCCCUACAUGGACUAUUAGGAAGGAAAACAGCUUUGUUUCCUCUGUCACAGCGCAGGGAGGAGCAGCAACAGCCUGCAAGGACUAAACUGUAUGUCCACUCACAUCUAUUCACUUUCACUCAUAUAAAAAGACUGCCUUUGUUCAGGCCGUGUGUUCUGUAUACUGGGUUUGUAUGUCAAUGUUGGAUCAAAUGCACU